AAAUGUUGACUGAUGCAAUUACUUAUAAAGAUAUUUUUAUUAGAUAUGAACUGAGCAUUCAUGCAUAUGUCCUAGCAACGAUGAAUGGAAACAAGCUGACGUAAUUCUUAAAUUUUUAGAAGGCUUUCUAGAUGCCACUAAAGUAUUUUCUGGUUACAAGUAUCCCACAUCUAAUUUCUACAUAAAAGAAGUUUGGGGAAUUAGGGCUUUAUUGAUGAAUGAGAGUGUUGAUACCAAUGAUAAUUAUGAUAUACUAAAGCAGUUAACAAAUGAGAUGCAAAAGAAGUUCAACAAAUAUUGGUCUCAGUGUAAUAUUUUAUUAGUUAUUGCUUCUAUUUUGGAUCCGAGGUCAAAGUUGAUAUUUAUAGAGUUUUAUUAUCAAAUGGCAUUUGAUGCAGAAGAGAGCAAGAAGAAGAUUGAUGAUAUUCGUACUUGUCUUUAUAAAUUUUAUAAUGAGUAUGCAGAUACAACAAGAGUGCAGCCUUCUAUAGGUUCAAGUGAGCUAGCAGCUGGUUUUGAUGGACAAAAGGAUAUAAAUUUAGUUUCUACUUUUAAUUUGAGUAAAGUAAAAUUUGGCAUGGAUUUUGUUCAGUUUAAAAAUCAAAGUUCUUCGAAAAGGCCAAAGAGAUCAGAGCUAGAUAGUUAUUUGGAUGAUGAUGUACUUUCUGAUUUGAAGGACAAACAGUUUGAUAUCUUGACAUGGUGGAAGAGCAAUGCAGUAAUCUAUCCUAUAUUAUCGAGAAUGGCAAGAGAUAUUCUCGCUAUUCUAGUCUCUACUGUUUCAUCAGAAUCGGCAUUCAGCACUGGCGGUAGAGUUGUAGAUCAGUAUCGGAGUUCAUUGAGCCCAUCUACUGUUGAGGCCUUAGCUUGUACUCAAGAUUGGCUUCGUGAAGAAUAUGAUGAAGGUAUAUAAAUAUUUUAAAUUUAUAUUAUAUUUUUUAUUUGCUUAUAGUAUUUAUAUUUU